AUGCCUACUAUGCCGACCUCCAAGUUGGAAAACGUGUUCCGCAACAUGACCGGGGCUCAACAAGAUGAGCAAAAACAAAACAGCUCCUCUGUCAAUCCCGCAUGGAACACUGAGGAAUUGCUUGAGACUACGCUGGAUAAGAAUGGGAAUCCUGUCCCCGAUCGCUAUGCAUACACCGACGGCGAGAGGAUGUCCUCUAAAGGCCCUCAUCAACAGCCCGAGGCUGAUGCCUAUGAAGCUGCCACCGAAGACUUUGACUAA